GCGAAAGGUCGCUCAUUCGGCCCAUUCGGUUCCUUGGGGAAGAUGGCGGCGGCCGUGCUUUGGGGGUGCCGGAAAUGCCUUUUAAACAUAUGGCUCGUUUCUGGACAGUGUCCAGGCUUCGCCCGCCAUGUCUUCUUUGUACAUCGCAGCAGCAGACCGGCCCUACAGCUUUACCAGUCCAGAUGUUAUUCCUCGGGGGGGCGGAAAGGCUUUAUAUCUGGCUUUGUAGAGAAUAUCAAGCAGGAGCUGGCAAAAAACAAAGAGAUGAAAGAAAGUAUCAAGAAGUUCCGGGAUGAAGCAAAGAAGCUGGAAGAGUCGGAGGCUCUCCAGGAAGCAAGAAGAAAAUAUAAAACCAUAGAGUCUGAAACAGUAAAGACUUCCGAAGUCAUUAAAAAGAAGCUUGGCGAAUUCACCGGCACAGUCAAAGAGAGCCUAGAUGAAGUUAGCAAGAGUGACAUCGGCCGGAAGAUCAAGGAAGGAGUGGAGGAAGCGGCCAAGACAGCCAAGCAGUCAGCAGAGUCAGUCUCCAAGGGUGGGGAAAAGCUGGGCCGGACAGCAGCAUUUAAGGCCAUUUCUCAGGGAGUGGAGACGGUCCGGAAAGAGAUUGACGAGAGCGUCCUGGGCCAGACGGGGCCUUACAAGCGGCCAGAGAGACUGAGAAAGAGAACGGAGUUUUCCGGGGAGAGAAGCAAAGAAGAGCGGGUGUUCGAAGCCAACGAAGAGGCGAUGGGGGUGGUGCUCCACAAGGACUCCAAGUGGUCCCAACAGUGGAAGGAGUUCAGGGACAACAAUGUGGUCUUCAACCGGUUCUUUGAAAUGAAGAUGAAAUACGACGAGAGCGACAACGCCAUCAUUCGGGCUUCAAGAGCCGUUACAGACAAAGUGACUGGCUUCGUUGGCGGGCUGUUCUCCAAGACGGAGAUGUCGGAAGUGCUGACGGAGAUCCUUCGCAUCGACCCCACCUUUGAUAAAGAUCGGUUCCUGAAGCAGUGUGAGAACGACAUCAUUCCCAACAUCUUGGAGGCCAUGGUAACUGGAGAUCUGGAUAUCCUGAAAGACUGGUGCUACGAAUCGACCUAUAGCCAGCUGGCGCAGCCGAUUCAACAGGCGAAGGCGACAGGUCUUCGGUUCUCCUCCAAAAUCCUGGACAUCGACAACGUGGACCUUGCACUGGGUAAGAUGAUGGAGCAGGGCCCAGUGCUGAUAAUCACUUUCCAAGCCCAGCUAGUCAUGGUGAUUGAGAACCAGCAAGGGGCCGUGGUCGAAGGCAGUCCGGACAAGGUCUUGCGGAUGAUGUAUGUUUGGGCCCUCUGCAGAGACCCCGAAGAACUCAACCCGCAUGCCGCCUGGAGACUGUUAGACAUUUCUGCUUCCAGCACGGAGCAGAUUUUAUGAGCACGGCUUCCCUCCUCCCGGGGCCCACCUCAGCCCUGUGGCCUCAGACAGAACCUCUGCUGCGGGAACAGGCUGUUUUGCACAAGGACCCAACGUGGAGGACGCCCUCAGGAGUCUCCAUUUUCACAAGAGGUUGGGGGAUGCUGGUUUUCGGCUGAGAGAGACCUGGGGCAACCGCAAGACCCCGUCUGCUGGAGGGGGCUUCCUUUGCAUCGACAGGUUUUCAGCACGGCAUCCCAAAAAUGCUCCGCCGAACGUACCUGUCCCCGAGACCAUCUCCGAAACUUUCCCAUCAGAUACAGCAUGGCACCCGCAGGUCACCCACGGCUCCUGGAUUGCUCGGCCACCGGAUCUUGGCGCCGUGGCUCCAGCCUGCUCUCGACCAACCAGCUCGACUCAUUCGUACUUCUUGUACCAUCUGUACCCUUCUGCUUUUUUUCCCCCUGGCGGUCAAGAUGGCCAGCUGGGCUCUCCCCGGCUUGCGAAGAGACAUGCCCAUCUCAGCCAAGAACCACUUUCACGGGGCUCAGGGGAGGAACGUUUGGCGAAGGCUGGAACACAGGUGGUCCGGUUGGGGUAAUCAAGUAAGAGACGAACAGUUCUCCAGCAUGGGAAAUGGGACAGGGCAGGGGUCUUUUGGGCGUGCUGCCCUUCAGGUGCUUUGGGGGGGUCUCUCCUCUAGUGGGGUCGGUAUGCCAGGCCGUUACAAGGGGAGGUGGCAGUCCUCCGCUCCGUCUCACCUACGCAUGCCCCCCCUUUGUUGGGAAGGCCCAGAAGUAGUCGGCUGCACGGAUCUGCCGCGAGAAGGGAUAUCAUGACGGAUGGACUCUUCUACUGCCUUUGUACAUGAAAUAAACC